AUGAGCAGAACGUUUCACAUCUCGGUAAAAAUUUGGGCCAUGCUUCCGAAGUGCUGCGCUUUGCUGCUCAUGCUUCUUCCAACAAGUGCAGCGGCUGCAGUGGAGUGCAUCGAAGAUGGUCUCAAGCUGGCAGAAGAUGUAAAUCAGUACCGCAUGGAUGCGGGGCUGGCACCUCUCAAAGUCUCACCUUCCCUCAUCGAGGUUGCUACGAUCAAGGCGAACCAUCCAGGAUAUCAGCUGGGAGGUAGCAAUUGCGACUUGCAUUCCUGGGGCCCGGACACGGAAGAUCCGCCUCGUUGGACGGCGUGCUGCUUCUGA